UAGAUUUCAUGUCAAGACUUCAUUCAACCUUCAAACAUGAGGUUGGCUGCAGUACUUCUGUUUUUGGCAACUAUAUCUGCGAUUUGUCAUACAGAUGGCUAUAUAGAGCAAGUGACCCAACAAAUCCAUCUCCUCCGGCCGCGGUCAGGUGCUACAGGCUAUCGACUUAAGGACGUUGACUGCCUCAGCUGGCGUCUAGCUGUGGAAACAAACAACGUUCGCAAUUGGAAACUGGUGCCCGAGGAGUGUGAACAAUAUGUUGGCCAUUACAUGCUAGGCAAACAAUACCGUAAAGAUUGCGAAAUUGUGGCACACAGCGCGAUUGAAUAUGCCAAGAGCCUCACACUUGUUGGUGAUGGGAAGGAUAUUUGGAUCUUUGAUAUUGAUGAAACUACGCUAUCUAAUUUGCCAUAUUAUGCUCGCUCUGAUGUGCAAUUUGGGGCAUUACCAUACAACGACACAAAGUUUAACGAGUGGGUUGCGGAGGGAGCUGCGCCCCCAGUGCCGGGGUCUUUGUGCCUAUAUCAAACAUUGCUGCCUAUUGGGUUUAAGAUUGUCUUUUUAACAGGAACAGCAGAAAGAUUCAAAGACAUUAGGAUUUCUAAUCUAAAAGCAGCUGGAUAUCAUACUUGGGAAAAGCUCAUUCUCAAGGGAGAAGCUGAUCAGGGGACCUCUGCAUUAGUGUACAAAUCCAAGAAGAGAACAGAGCUGGUAGAUUCUGGAUAUAGAAUUCUUGGAAAUUUGGGAGAUCAAUGGAGUGACAUACUUGGAGAUAAUUCGGGCAAUCGAACAUUCAAAGUGCCCGAUCCCAUGUAUUACAUUGGUUGAGCGGUGAUCUAAUUAUGUACUGUUAUGUCAAGUUUCAUUGAAUCUCAUUUCGUCCCAUUCCAUUUUCUCUUC